CAGCGCGCGCCGCUCGCAGCCGCCUUUUCUGCCACCAACUGUGUCUCUCACUCGCGGCGCCGGCACAGCGACAGGCGCCCCGCGCUUGCCUCCUUCCCGGCCGGGCCGCCUCCUGCAGGCAGCUGCUCAGUCCGCGCGGGGAGCUCAGCCCGGCGCCCCGCCUCAGCGCCCAUGACCAGCGACUUCCAGAAGUCCUGACGCCCCAGGGUGCAAAUCCGGCCGCAAUGAACGCGAGCGCCGCCUCGCUCAACGACUCCCAGGUGGUGGUAGUGGCGGCCGAAGGAGCGGCGGCGGCGGCCACAGCAACAGGGGGGCCGGACACCGGCGAAUGGGGACCCCCUGCUGCUGCGGCUCUGGGAGCCGGCGGCGGAGCUAAUGGGUCUCUGGAGCUGUCCUCGCAGCUGUCGGCUGGGCCACCGGGACUCCUGCUGCCAGCGGUGAAUCCGUGGGACGUGCUCCUAUGCGUGUCGGGGACAGUGAUCGCUGGAGAAAAUGCGCUGGUGGUGGCGCUCAUCGCGUCCACUCCGGCGCUGCGCACGCCCAUGUUCGUGCUGGUGGGCAGUCUGGCCACCGCUGACCUGCUGGCGGGCUGUGGCCUCAUCUUGCACUUUGUGUUCCAGUACGUGGUGCCCUCGGAGACUGUGAGUCUGCUCACGGUGGGCUUCCUCGUGGCUUCCUUCGCCGCUUCUGUCAGCAGCCUGCUGGCCAUUACGGUGGACCGCUACCUGUCCCUGUAUAACGCGCUCACCUAUUACUCGCGCCGGACCCUGUUGGGCGUGCACCUCCUGCUUGCCGCCACCUGGACCGUGUCCCUAGGCCUGGGGCUGCUGCCUGUGCUGGGCUGGAACUGCCUGGCAGAGCGUGCCGCCUGCAGCGUGGUGCGCCCGCUGGCGCGCAGCCACGUGGUGCUGCUCUCCGUCGCCUUCUUCAUGGUCUUCGGCAUCAUGCUGCACCUGUACGUGCGCAUCUGCCAGGUGGUCUGGCGCCACGCGCACCAGAUCGCGCUGCAGCAGCACUGCCUGGCGCCACCCCACCUCGCCGCCACCAGAAAAGGUGUGGGUACGCUGGCUGUUGUGCUGGGCACUUUCGGCGCCAGCUGGCUGCCCUUCGCCAUCUAUUGCGUGGUGGGCAGCCACGAGGACCCGGCAGUCUACACUUACGCCACCCUGCUGCCCGCCACCUACAACUCCAUGAUCAAUCCCAUCAUCUAUGCCUUCCGCAACCAGGAGAUUCAGCGCGCCCUGUGGCUCCUGUUUUGUGGCUGUUUCCAGUCCAAAGUGCCCUUUCGUUCCAGGUCCCCCAGCGAGGUCUGAAGGGCUCGCUCCAUGUCCUCUCACCAACACCACACCCCCAACAAGCCAGCCUUUGGUAAGCUUGGUACCUGCUGAUGAACUCUGAGAUCCCAAUGGUGUGAGUCUGACUGUGGAAAGAAAAAGGGACUAAAGAGAAAUUCAACAAACUCAAAAGGACAAAGAGGCUUGUUGGCACUUUACAUAUACAGUGUAUACAUGUGUACAUAUAUAUACAAAUAUUUGUAUCUUCUGGAGGUGUUCAGGAUGUGGAGCUUCCUAUUCUGUGAAAAACCAAGAAAAAGAUACGAUUGUAUACUCAAAUUGUACAUCACAUUUGUCAAACGAAUACAUUCCAAUACUGCUUAAUUAUAGCACUUUAUUUUUAGCUGCUGAACUGCCAGAACAGUGUUGCCAUUUUCAAGGGCAGGGAAAAGGGAGUAAAAGGUGUAUUUUUGUUGUAUGUGAUAGAAUAUUUUGCUGCACAUGCAUCAAAAAAUUACAACAUAUUUUGUACACGAAUAAACCCAUUACAAGAAUGUAAUUUGGGGUAUGUGACUGACUAUAGAAUUACUAUUAGAAAGCUGAA